CCCAAGCAUACCCACAGGAAGCUUAUAAAAACACUAUCACUUGGAGCCCAAUCAGUCAGUUAUUGGUCAAAAUGUCAACCAAGCGGAUCGUGGCGCUUCUGGGAUGGUUAACUAUCCACAAAACCCACGCGGAUGUGUCUCAUUUUUUUGCCUCUCCAUUGGAACACUACGGAAACUAUCUGCACGGUCAAGUGCCCUUUCAAGUGGGUCUGCCCUCGAACUUAUAUGGACCUCCGCCUGCAGCUCCCGUGACUCCUGCCCCAGUGGCUCCAGCGGCCACCACUGAGUUUAGCCUGCCGGAGAUCAUAGAGAAUCGCAGUGUGAAGUUUCAGGGCUCCGGACAUGGCAACUUUAUACCACUAAGUCAGCAUUAUUUACCGCCUGGUGUGGAGGAAAGGCCCAACUACGAAAGUCCUAAGCCUAGCGAGGAGACCUAUCCAGCUUACUACUAUCCCCAACCAACGGGCAGCAUUAUUACCACCUCCACACCCACAACUACCACUACCGCAAGACCCAUCAUUGUUCAAGAUCCUGGCGAGGAUAUUGAGACUAUCCAUUCUCCUGGCUACGAUUACCAUGCUCCAGUGGCUGUGCCCGUACUCCCGCUUAAGCCCUCCACACCAGCUCCACUUUACCUGCCCCCCAGCGAUGGAAACCAGGAACAAAAUCAACUGAGACUCCGUCUAAAGGACAUGCGCUGCCUUUCGGGGGCUUAUUUUCGAGCUGUCCUCAAGUUGGACAGCUUCUUGGGAGCCGUGCCCACUGUGGAUCAGGACAACGAUGAUCAGCUGGACAAACGCUGUGAAAUGAAACUAUCCCGAGGUUUUCUGCUCUUGGAUAUUUCUGGAGAGAAUUUCGAGAGAUGUGGCGUGCGAUCAUGUGGCCAGGAUCUGUGUCUGCGCUUGCGUUUUCCCGCCAUCAGGGGGUUAAGAACCAGUGGGGAUUCAAUCUUGACCCUGCAUUGCAAGACCCAAGAGCGAGUGGCAGUCAAAACGCAUGCCUUGAAAAUGGGCGUGGCCAACGAUGUGCAAGCUCGCAGUGGGGGUAGCUACGCCCAUGGAGGAAACCAAUUUCGGACGCACGUGGAACUGUUGAGAAAGGGAAACACUGGAUAUACACGACACUUGGAGGGCAAUGAGGCUGUCCAGUUGGGCGAGGAGCUCCUCCUUAGAGCCCAUGUUCUAGCCGGAGAUGGCUGGAACUACACCAAGCUGAGUGAUGUCCAAUUGCAGAGGAUUGGAGGCGGAGGAGAAGUCCUCAACACGGCUCAGUUGGUCAGCUCCCGGGGCUGUCUUAAUCCCGCCAUGCAGGCAAUCUGUGCCCAUGCGCCCGUUGUGGAACCCCCUCUUGGUCAGAGGCUCCACUUCAAGGCGGUCAUGUUUCCGGGAAUGCGAAGUGGAGACGUUUUGGUUAUAUCUAUGCGAAUCACCGGCUGUUUGGAACGCGAAGAUUGCCAGGUUACACCUCAAGAUUGUUUGCCUUCAGUGGGCCAACGGAGAAGACGGAAUGUUUCACACGGAAACAGUACGGAAGUUUCGGAACUCUCGCAUCUAACCUUCCGGGUGGUAAUGCCCGGUGAAGGGGAUAUGGCUCCAAAAGAAGGAGACAUGGAGAAUGACAAUUUGGGCGUCAAAGAGGUUUCCAAGUCUUUAGCCCUCUUUGGUAGCUUGGGAUUUGUGGUAAUGCUUUUAGGAGUAGCCAUAGUAGCUUUAUAUAAAUUCGGCAGGUAGUCAAAACUAGAAAAUUGUGUCCAGUUUUAUUUUUAUGUAUGUUUUUUGAAGCAGAAAAUAUGAAAGAUUUCUGAAAAUCAUACGAAAAUAAAUCUUAUUAAUAAAUAAAUGUUAUUAUUAAAUAUAGAAACCCAAAUUGCAAAAAAAAAUAAUUUUUGUGUAAAAAAAAUAAAAAUUUUCAAAAUUUUUAAAAUUUUUUUUUUGUUUAUGAAGAAAUUUAAUUAUUAAAUAUAGAAACCCAAAUAAAAAGCAAUGAGGAAGUUUAUGUUAAAAAAUAUUCGUUUUUACAAUUUUGGAUUUUAUUAUUUAAAUUUUUCUACUGGCUUUUCCUUGAAUUCAGAUCCAUUUUUCUGUUAACCGAGUCUCUGGAAACGCCAACCUAUCAAUGCUAUCUAAGGCGCCAGCCUGGACCUGUCUUUUGCCUAUCUGUCUGCCAAGGAAAUUGACUUAUCGCCUCUGUGGAAUCAGUAACGAGCCGAUGUUUGCCCAUUUCGGGCUUAAAACAGAAAUUAGCACUUAAUAAAAUGUAAUUUAUGUUCAUGUCGCUUGUAAUUGAACUUGCCUGAAAAUAGAAGCCCCAAAAAUAAAUGUAAAAAACCUCAAAAAGCCAGUAGGCAAACCAAGUUACUGACUGAUUUCCAAACUGCGCGCGCAAUUCGCAAAUUGCGAUUUAGUUUUCUUACUUAUGGCCAGAUAGUUGAAACCGAAAUUUUAUCACGUUUUCACGCUUCGAGCGCGGCUAAUGAAACCUCGCUCACAGGCGAUUUUUGGCUUUGUUAUUUGGUGCAA